AUGGAGCNGCUUCUCAUCCGCAAACUGCCUUUCCAGCGCCUUGUGCGUGAAAUUGCCCAGGACUUCAAGACCGACUUGCGCUUCCAGAGCUCGGCCGUUAUGGCUCUCCAGGAAGCGAGUGAGGCUUACCUCGUGGGACUUUUCGAGGAUACUAACCUAUGUGCCAUCCACGCCAAGCGAGUGACCAUCAUGCCAAAGGACAUCCAGUUGGCCAGACGCAUCCGUGGAGAACGGGCUUAAGACACUCACUUCAGAAAAUCACCAAAACAAUCGGCUCUUUUCAGAGCCAUAAUUAAUAUUCAAACGUAAUCGUCUAUAUAUAAUCAAUUAUACAUCUCAUUUAUCCGUUUUCUGUUACUAGACUACUGAAGAUAUAUUAUAGACUAACUGCAGAGAUAUGCUACAUGUAUAUAUUAUGUGUGUUGACAGCCGCGUAUGCCGGGCUGUAUCACUGGAGAUCUUGAAUAAAGUUCUGCCUGGUUAAUUUAAUAUCGUUAUUUGGUAUUUUUUUUUUGUGUUUGCAUUGGUGAAUAAAAUAAAUACAAUAUUAAUAUAUAAUCAAGUAUUGCUCCUAAGGUAGGGUACUGCUGUAUACACACAUGUUGUAACCAAAACUAUACACAAUAUUGAUGAAUUUCUAGAAAAGUGUCCGGAAUGAUAACUGUAAAAAUUAAUAUUUCUUUUUUUAACACGUAGUACAAAAGGGAUGUUCCUGCCGCGUUCGCCCUGUACAUUUUUUAAUAAAUAAAGAAAGCGGAUAAACAAUUAUUUUUUGCAACCACUGACAUAAAGCAAAUUGAAAAGCCCAAUUUAAUUUAAUACUAAAAUGUCUACGAGUAAUAAGUAACCGAUUGAUAAUAAUAUUUUCUCUAUGCGCGACUGCUUUAUGUACUGUAGGUGACGAUGGUUACCAACUGCAAUUCGUGUACCAAUCUAUUAUAAACUUAGCAAUACUGGAAAGAAUAAUUUGUGCAAUAUGCAAAAUUAUACUGUGAUUACAAUCAAUUUAAGAAUUUUUAAAAGUUCCUAUUUUCGCUCCUUGUGGUCGUCGAAUAAAUUUUUUUUUUUUUUAUUUUCUUUCUAAGGAUACCAAGUACAGUAGCGUAACCCCUGUAACUAUGCUUGUGCAGAUCGAUUUUUUCUAUUGACACGCUU